AUGUCCAGCGAGGAAGCAGCAAAGAAAAACAGUGUGGUAGUGAAGGUUGGUAUGGUCGGUGACUCUCAAAUUGGUAAAACGAGUUUAAUGGUCAAAUACGUGGAAGGCUCCUUUGAUGAAGAUUAUAUUCAAACUUUAGGUGUUAAUUUUAUGGAAAAAACAAUUUCCAUAAGAAACCAUGAGAUCACAUUUAGUAUAUGGGAUCUUGGAGGUCAGCGUGAAUUCGUAAACAUGCUUCCUCUCGUAUGUAAUGACGCUGUUGCGAUACUUUUUAUGUUUGAUUUAUCGCGAAAGUCCACAUUGAAUAGUAUUAAGGAAUGGUAUAGACAGGCUAGAGGGUUUAAUAAAACUGCCAUUCCUUUUCUUAUUGGAACAAAAUAUGAUCAAUUUGCAAAUUUCCCCAAAGAAGAACAAGAAGAGAUUACAAAACAGGCUCGUCGUUUUGCUCGUGCCAUGAAAGCCUCUUUGAUAUUUUGUUCAACGUCCCACUCUAUUAAUGUGCAAAAGAUUUUCAAAAUAGUCCUUUCAAAGGCUUUUGAUCUCAAAUGCACCAUCCCAGAAAUUAAGGAGGUCGAUUUCGAUGAGUAUGGCAUUUGGCCAAAAAUCGCAGAUGAUUUUCGUACUCACCUUCCUCUUCGCAAUCUGCACUGGAAAUCCGCAAAAGGUUCAACCCGCAACAUAAUGGUUUUGGGCGUGGAGCUAAAACGUUUCACACCAGAGACUACUGAAAAACCACAUAUGAUGCCCGAGACUUUAUUAGAAAAACCUUACCUUAAUUUGUAUUUUGUUAAUUGUGAAGAUAAUGAGGCAUACCGUCAAACAAUUCGUCAAAAAAUUCGCGAUUGGGUUAACAUCGUUACUGCUCCUUCAAAGAAAAAUCAAGAAUGGCUAAUAGUUUAUGUGACAAAACAAGAAACUCUUCGAAAUGCUGCCAAAUAUUUUAGUAUGAAUAUGAAAGGAACUGUCUUUGAUAAAAUUAAAGCUGAUUUUAAUACUUCUAGACGCGAUAGAUGUGUUCAACUUCGGUUAUCAGAUAAUGAUGCUGAUGAAUAUGAAUCAUGGCAGGAACUUAUGUCUAAAAUAAAAGAUGGUAUAUUGAUUAGUUUUGAUCAACAUGUGGUUCAAUAUGAAGAAGAUAUUCGAAGAUUUGAUUCACAAAGAAGCAUGAUUGGUUGGAAUUAUUGUACAUUUUUUGUUUUAAAGGAAGGAUUGGCCUUGACAUUUGAAGUUUUUAACUUGUAUGAGGAGGCUUUGGUUCAAUACGAUGAAUUGGAAGCUUCUUUUUUCCAAGUUUUGAGAGAUAGGGCACUAGCAUGGUUUGGUGAUUUUGGUGCUAUAGACGUCAAAGAUGACAGUGCCAAUAUAUUGGACGUUAAGAAGAAGCCUUACCGUGAUCUUAUAAGGCAGAAUAAGUUACCAGAGUUCGAUUUUAGGUGUUAUCUUUUUGCAAGGCAGUGUCACUUGUUAGGGAGGUUACAAAGACCAGUGGAGAUUUGUCGGAGAGCACAACUUUUCAUUUCUACAUUUGGUAGGACAAUAAAAGAUCAUCAAGCGAAUGUUGGUGAGCAUUUUUUGGAAUCGUGGAUUUAUUCAUCAUGUAUGAGUGUGGUCAGUGAAUGUGAAGAGUUGGCCCCGUUAACGUCCUUGGAUGAGUCCACUUCUAGUGCAUUCAAUGCUGCUAAAGGAGAAUUAUUAGAUUUAGCUAGGAAGCAGCUUGAUAAGCUAGGCAUUCAUUAUAACCAUUUACCUGCUUCACUUCCAUUUACUACCGCUUUGGGUGAAGUGUCACUUCCAGCAUCUCCAUCAACUCCAUCUUCUGAAAAAAAAUUCUCUAUAACCAAUGAGGAGCUGAAGGGAGCUAUUGAAUCAGAAGACUCUGCUGCUUUUGAUUUAUUAUACUUACAAUUGACGAACAGAGGCCUUAAAGCUUAUGAAGGAACUCGACUUCGUAGCUCAUAUCGUUUACAAGGAGAUGUUGCUGCCUUACAAUUUCACCGCAAGAAUUUUGAGAGUGCGUCACAAUUAAUGGAAGAUUUACCAACUGCAUAUGGUGAACAAGGGUGGACUGUUGUUGAAAAUAGUCUUUUAUUAAAAUAUGCUGAAUGUCAAAAGGAGCUAGGUCGAACUAAACAAUAUCCUUUAAUAUUUAUACGAUGUAAUCAUACAUUGUUAUCUGAAAAAGAAGCUGGUUUUUACAUGGAAGAAGUGAAAGGUUUAUGUGGAUCUCUCGAAAGAGACGAAGACAUUAUUAGGCCUUUUAAGCCAAUGUUUCUUGUUACAGUAACAGACAUAAUUGACGAUAUAACAGACGAGGAUGGACCUUAUAUGGCAGUUGAAUUAACAAAUUACUUGCCAACAUCAUUAACAUUCGAUCAACUUGCCAUCCGUUUGAACAGUGCGUCAGGAAAUUAUGUUGUUGAAAACGUUCGCAUGUCCGUAGGCAAAAUAGUUUUUACGCACAACUUUUUGAAUGAAAGUAAAAAAAAGUUUUUCAGAAUUAAUGAACAUCCCGCAGUUUUGAGGGCUCAAAUAAUAGCUCCAGAAGAAAAGCAGCAGUAUUUUGUCGUUCAAAUAUUCACUGGCCUGACUAGUGUCACUAAAGGUUCAUUAAUAUUGGAACCUUUGUCCGAAGGGUUAACAUUUCCAGCGACCGACAAGUAUCAUGUUGUCUCAAAAUCUGUUAAUGAUGGUAUAAUAUCAAAAGAUAUUCUUUCAGAAGAUGAUUUUGAGGUAUCGGAAGAAGGGCAUAUACAAAUACCUUUUUUGAAGACAAAUCAAUUAAGCCAGUUCAAAGUACCAUACGAUUGUAAUUGGGGUGCUAUUGAGCAUAAGGUGAAAAUAACAGUUGAAUAUGAGAGUAAAGGAAAAUCGCGCGUAUUCACAUCCUUGGAUACAGUUAAAGUUUGGUUACCCUUGGCAGUUACAGAAUUAAACAUUUUUAGAGAUGAUUGUUUAUUCGUAAAGAUGGAUAUAACAUUAAAUGGAAAUGUCCCGGUGCGAAUUCUUGAAACAUCCCUGGUUCCAUCGAAAGUAUAUGAUGUUGUGGACAAUCCAGCUGUGUCAACUCCAGAUAUAAGUUUAUUUGCCAAACAACAUGCCUCAUUUGUUUACAAGCUAACUAGAUCAAAAGAUUAUGACCAUGGGGAACAUGCGAAAUCACCAAGUACUAAAGUUCAUUUCGUAGUUACAUAUCGAACACUUCAAAAUGAGGUGGAAAAAUAUAUAGAACAUAUUUUAAAUAAAAUUCUGAAGGCUAAAAAUUUAUUACAACAUUCUCGGUUCCUUCUCGAGAACGCUAAAGAACAUUUAUUAAAAUCAGUAGAUUAUGUCUCAUAUGGAAUGACAGAUACAUUGGAUUUGGGUGAAUUGGAUGUUUCACAGUGUGUGGCUUUAUUUACAAGCCACGGUAGUUUUAAAGAGUCAUUAAUAGAGGUCGUCAAGGAAUUUUGGGAGGUUCUUAAUACUGUGGAAUUAGUUAUAUCAAAACCAAACGAUUUGGUGGUUGGUGAACCAUGUCAUUGCCGCUUGAUUAUUCGGCAUUCGUCAUACUGGAAUUAUACAUCAGAACACAAAGACACCUUUGAAUUCUUUUAUGAUGUUCACGUGGAUUUUGAUAAUUGGUUGUUGGCUGGACAUAAGAAACUAUGUUUCACAUCGAAAAUUGGAGAAACCAAAGAAUUUCCAAUCACCCUUGUACCUCUGAAGACAGGAAGCCUUCUUGUACCUCCCAUUAGAAUUGCUAGCCCUUCUCCUAAUAUUUUUUCUGAAACUGUUUAUCUUAAUAACGCAGAACAGGUUCUCGUCCGACCUCGAACACAAUCUGCUACUUUCUUUAUUGAACAGCAACAUCGAAUUCAUUCACUUCAUUCAGCUGCCGGAUUUGGUGCUCCUGAACAUCAUAAUGACUCAGGUCUCGAUGAGAUUAAUAUGGAUUGA